AUGUCACUUGACAGUCACUACGAACGCCGUCUCCCUGGUGUGCCUUCAUCGUAUCCGGCCACCGAAGAUCGUUACGGCUAUUUCCAAAUAUUUUCGAUCCAGUCAAACGAGAUGACGCAUGCGCCUGGAUAUUACGUCGAUAAACAUGGGCCCAAUUACAAGCCACUUUACGCCAACGAGAAAUACCAGGGUCUUUUUGGUCGCGGCCUACUCAUUACUGGAAAAUGA